UGUUUUUGAUAUCACAAUUGAUUCUCCUUCUCUGUGGUGAUUUUUUUGGUGGUGUUUUAUCCCAGAGCAGAUUUUCCUCCCGGGUGAUGGGAAAGGAUGGGAUGCGGGACAUCCAUAGAUGGACAAUCUCCUUCAUCUGAGAAAACCCCCGACCCCUGCCGGCCGGACCUUACCCCACGGCAGCAGGAGUUGGUACUAUACAGCUGGGAUCUCAUCCAAAAGGACAUGUUGGUCACAGGUCUAGAAAUAUACGCCAAUUUUCUCAAGAAUUUAGAGUCGGAAAUUCUUCUCCUGUUUCCAAAAAUAAUUCAAACGGACGAACACAAUGAAAAAUUGACAGUGCACGAAGAAAACCUUCAGCAUCACGUGAUGAUCGUCAUGAAAGGGAUUGGUAAAGUCGUGGACAACCUUCACAACCCGGCAUUAAUCCAAAGCUUCCUUAGUUACGUCGGCCAAAGACAUGUGCAGAGUAACGUAAAACCCCACAUGCUAGAGAGGCUUUGGUCGUCGAUUGAUGACAGCUUUCGAACUGUGUUACAAGACGUUUACACCCCGGAUGUUCGGACCUCAUGGAAAAUUGUUGUGGACUUUAUGAUCGAGAAAAUCGCAGAAUCGAUGGAAGAAGCAGAAAAGAAGCAGGACUUCCGGUUAGCUAAUGACAGAAAUUCCAGCUUUGCUCACCUGGCCGAUUAACCUGAAUUAAAUCUUCGCCGCACAACUUAUCAAGCACCCUGUGAUCAUGUUUAUGUUUCAGACUUGAAACUAAUCCCUGGUUUCAUUCAUUUUUUUUCACAAUCUGGUGUCAUUGGAAGCACCAGUUUCAAAAAUGGUUCUCCUGUUGGAUCAGUAUUCUUGUGUAAAAAUGUGAAUUUGUAAGAGAGGAAGAGA